AUGGUUACUGCCCCAGUUCCUUUCGUUCAUUGCGGCAGCCAUAAUUUGAACCUGGUAAUCAACGAUGCUGUCAAUUCAGUUGUAGAAAAUGAGAAUUUCUUUGGACUAUUAAGGGGACUAUUUAGCUUUUUCGCACCUUCGUUAAACAGAUGGAGAGAACUCGGUCUUGAAGCUGAAAAAGGAUCUCUCACGCUCAAGAAAUUAUGUACAACGCGAUGGAGUUCGCGAAUUGAUGCUGUACGUGCUGUUCGUGACAGGUAUCCACAUAUCAAGAUGAGUAUUAACACGGUUGUCUUUAACAUCUACUAA